GAAAGCUGCUUUUUUGUUUUCGGUUUCGAUUCUUUUUGAAAAGCUCUCGAGUUGAAUUUCGGAGGUGUGAAAAUGGCGAAACACGAGGAGCUUCCAAUUCCGAUUUUCUCAUCGUUGGAGCCGGUGUAUGGAGAGGGAUCUCUCCAUGAGGAAGCUCAGCUUAGGUUUGAAAGAUUGAAAGCUAAAUUCGUUGAAGUCUUCGGUCACCCGCCCGAAAUCUUCGCGCGAUCUCCAGGGAGAGUGAAUUUGAUUGGAGAGCAUAUUGACUAUGAAGGAUACUCGGUGUUGCCGAUGGCUAUUCGCCAAGAUACGAUCGUGGCGAUCCGCAAGAACAAUGAUGCAGGAAACAAUCAAAAGUUGCUUCGAAUUGCAAAUGUAAACGAAAAAUAUACCAUGUGUACUUAUCCUGCUGAUCCUGACCAGGAAGUUGACCUGAAGAAUCACAAAUGGGGUCAUUAUUUUAUUUGUGGAUAUAAAGGUUACCAUGAGUAUGCUAAAUCAAAAGGAGUGGAUGUUGGUCUGCCUGUUGGACUUGAUGUUGUUAUUGAUGGAACAGUUCCAACAGGUAUGCUGUCAUUCAACGAAACCAUAGUGUUUUCUCUUACCAUGUAGUCCCUGUCAUGGUAAGUCGAAAAUCUUGUUAAAUAUUGUAGUGUUGAAAAUCAUGCACUGAAACCGCAAUCUGUUUCUCUUAAGGCAAUCUCUGUCAUGGCUAAAAGUGGAUUUGCUGAGCUAAUUGAUUUUAACCCUAUCCGUGCAACUGAUGUGCAACUUCCUGCUGGAGGAACAUUUGUGAUAGGGCACUCUCUGGCAGAGUCUCAAAAGGCAGUCACUGCAGCUACUAAUUAUAAUAAUAGAGUUGUUGAAUGUCGACUGGCUGCUAUUGUACUGGGCAUAAAGCUUGGGAUGAAACCAAAAGAAGCAGUAUCUAAAGUCAAGACUCUUUCCGACGUUGAGGGAUUAUGUGUAUCAUUUGCCGGCAGUCGUAAUUCUUCAGAUCCUGUCCUUGCUGUUAAGGAAUUUCUGAAGGAGGAGCCUUAUAUUGCUGAGGAGAUUGAGAAAAUAACUGAGGAAAAAUUACCAUCAGUCUUAGGCAAUCAUCCAACUUCUUUGGAUGUGCUAAAAGCUGCUAAGCACUUCAAGUUACAUCAGAGGGCGGCUCAUGUGUAUUCUGAAGCUCGACGGGUACAUGCUUUCAAAGAUACUGUAUCGUCGAAAUUAAACGUAGCUUUGUAUUUUGUUUCAGUUUUUAGAAAAUUUGUGCUAGGUGCUUAUUGGUUAAAAUUGGUUAAAAAUGAAGAACGCUUCUACCAAAAAAGGAUCGAUAGAGGUGUGAUCAACAAGAAUGAUCUCGGGCUCUACGUUUUUGCUUCGAAGCCCUCGAGCGGUGCAGCUAUUUUCAAAUUUUAGUUUUAUCGAGAGAAGUCUGAUUAAUUGUUCUAGGUUCAUGAAUAAGACAUUUGUUUAUGUCCAUUUAUAGGUUGAGAUAAGAGCCGGAGGUAUUUUGGCCUCUCUUCACCUCCCCCCUUCUCAUCAACGGGAAGGACUCCCCAUAGGUCUCUGUCUUUGUCUUGAUUGGGUUUUUUUUUUUUUUUUUAAUCACCAUCUCACAGCCAACAAAAUAUCCAAUUAGAAUAAGAUAAAGAUAUUAUCCCGAAAUUUCUAGUGGAGCAAAAAACAAGACUCGAUAGGACUCUGAUUGCGAACCUUUACAGAGGAUCAGGUAAAUAAAGCUCCAGAGAUUACGUUAUUUCGAACA